GAAAAAAAUAAAAAUUUUAUGUUACGCAAGAGGUUAUGAAAAUCGGCAACGAUAAAAAAAUUCUUAUAAAAUAAUGCAGAAGAAAAUGUGCUGAAGAUCCUGCACUGUAUUUUUAAGUCACUAAGUGUUUUUAUAAAGAAAUUGUACGUGAAAUUGCGUUACAUUAUUUUAUAUUUGUAAAUAACUUCUUUUAUUUACUUGAUUGUUAAUCAUUGAAUUACAAUAUAAAGUAAAAUUGUAUUGAAGUUUUUAAUUAAUUACAGACCAUUAAAUAUAUUUAGAUUGAAUACAAAAAUGGGAAAAAAAAUUGUAAAAGAUAUUGGGAAGAGGAAGUUUCUUAGAUCAAGCAAAAACAAACUUUUUACCAUAAAUGAGGCUAAACCAGCUAUUACAUGUCUUCAACUCCCUACUGGAAUGGAUGUUCUUCAACACAUUGUCUACAGAAGAUCACUACUUCCUCAUAAUGUUAAGAAGUCAGCAAUUUUAUCAUGCCCUCCUUACAAGAUUCAGGGUUACAAGAGAUGUGAAGUAGAUGAUUGUGAAUGCAUUUUAGGCUUAAUUAAAAGACCAUGGCUUAAAGCGGGAUUUCAAGUAAUGUCAGAUAAAAGUAUUAUCAAGAACCUUAUGAAGAUGGACAAGAAGUAUUUAGAUUUGAGUAGAAAUAAAUGUAGAGGAACAGCUAGAGACAAGGUUAAUCAAGGGGAGUUUAUUUCAUUUUUGAAAAAGCUGUUUUGGAUUGGUUCUACAGAUUUAAAGAACCAAAUUAGGAAGGAUAAAAAACGCUCAGAUAAAGAUAAGCACGAUGAUUUAACUUUUUUGGAAGACCAGGAAGGACCGAGAUAUUUUAGUUUGGGAUCAGAAGAUAGAAAAUUUAGCAAAAAGGUUUUGUGUUGUUUUUAUUGGGUUAAUUUGACGUUUUUUAUUCAAAUUUGCUAAUUUAACAUACAUUAUUUGUUAAUACACAUACACUAUGUUAAAACAAAUUUUAGGUUUCUGAAGGUGAGAUGAAGAGGACAAGGCUAGAAGACGAAUCUCCGAAGAUUGAUGCUACCUCAGAAUUAGACUUAAAUUUCACUGACACUAGCGCUGAUUCUGAUUCAGAAUUUGAACCCGAAGUUUGGCAUCAUAGAAGAGCAGAUGAUUGCAACAUUACUGCCAAAGUCCCUAAGAAUAUUUUUGAUGGAAAUGUAUCUAUCAUAGCUACAGCAAAUGAUAUCUCCCCGCAAUGUCUUACAAAAAGUAACUGGAGCAAUUCUUCAAGAUUGUGGAGUUGAUAUCGCAAAAUGCAAAGCCAGUGCUUCAACAGCAUUAAGGAA